CUCCAAUCACCUCACGUCACGUCUCGUCACUGGGUCCCUUGUGUCACUCACAUCACAGCACAGAGUCUGUCUGUGUGCACAUAUCGAUGCAUCUAUGCAACAGUCUCUUCUCGCCCACACGGACCAUCAACUGGUCCAUCUGCACACACACACACACACACACCCCGAGAAACCACCCGCGCCUGCUUGUGCCUGAACGAACAAAUCGCCUGCCUACCUGUAUAGGUGUCACAUCGACGGCCGGCACGGUACUGCCCUCACCGCUGGCCAGCCAGGUGCCCUUCAUGUCCUGCCGUCUUGUCAUGUGUUGGUCGCCCAGCAGCGCCUCAUCGUGUUCGAGGGUGGUCUCAUAGCUGCUGAGAGCUCGCCGGGCCAGCCGACACACCAUCGACCAUACGCGCCGCUCAUCAGCAGCUGCUGGGAGGGCCUCGCCCUGCAGUGCAGUUGUGCAAACAUUUGCACGUGGACAAUCUGUGGAUAUCAUAUGGGUGCAUGGUGGUGCUGCGGGCAUGGCAUACCAACAGGACGGCAUCAAUCAGGGGGUGGGCGUUGUGGCUGCUGCUCUGGAGGGCUGAAAUGAAAUACACAAACAAACAGGCAAUCCGUGAGUGUCAGAGGUCACUGCACGCCACGCAUCAGUGUGUGCAUACCGACAGCCAGCCGCAGCGUGGUGAGGAGGUUGUGUGAGAUCUCCACGGCCUGCUGGCUGUCAUCCUCUUCGUCAUCUUGCUGGUGCUGCUGGUGGCAUGGCGCCCACCCGAUGAACCAGUGCUGCAGCAGACCGUGUCGCUCCAACAGAGACGCAUACUCGGCUUGACAAGCGCCCUGCAACACAAAAACAGACACACAGUCAUGCCACUGGCUUUAGUGUGUGUGUGGCAGGAGGGUUACUGACACGAGCAGGUGUGCUAUGGUCGUCCAGUGCAUCGAGCGAGGGGGCCUUGGGCGUUACCUGAUCAAAGGGGGUAACAAGAGAUGGGGCCAUCGAUGCUGUUGCCCCGUUGUCACUCACCUCAAUGGCGUCGUUUGUGUUGAGUGGUAUUGCAAAGCCGUAGGUGUCAAUCAGCGACCAGUUGCCCUUCUGGCAGUAACAGAUGAACAGCUCCUCACCUGUGGGCGCCAAACAAACAAGCAAACAGACAAGGGAUUACACACUCUAGGCUGCGUGCCGACAGAUGCCCGCGAGGGAUUGCUGGGCCAGGCCAUGACCUGCCUGGCUGGUAGUCUCUGCCCGCCCUGAAGACGUACUCGCCGCUGCUCCGCUCGUACCCGCACACACUGAGUCCAGUGCACCCAAACAAGCAGGACAGGCACCACACCACAUGACGUCCGUACGUGAGCCCUGCCCUGCCGACCCGACCCCUUGUUUCACGGUCUACCUACCUACAUACCUACCUGUCGUCGAUGGCAAAGUUGAACAAGUCCCCCAAGGGCACAAGACACCUGACAGCCGCCCGCACACGGACCCGUUUAUUAUGCACCAAGAAACGUCCAUUUGGUUGAUGCGUCCCACCAGCAGUCGCGGUCGUUGCUGCUGCUCUCCCGCUCCGGGAUCAGGGGGCUGGGCCAGUAGCAGCCGCGUGUCAUGACGGUGUAGUAGGCCCACGCCACGUCAGCCUCACUGGGGUGCAGGAACAGACGGCUCACAGAGGGGCUGCUGAAGACCUGAAUGAGUGUAGAUAACAAGCGGAAGGAUGACGAAUGAUGGAUGGAUGGAUGGAUGCUCUCUGUGCUGGUUGCGUGUGUACCAGUGUGGUGAGUCGUUGAUACAUGCGUCUGACGUCUUGGCGGUGCCUCGCCACCUCCCUCCGCCGGAACGCCGGCUGAAUGGCUGCAUCGCACGCCAAUGCCUGUGUGCUUGAUUGAUCUGUGACGUGGCGCCUGGCCUGUCUCAUUACCUACCUUUGGCCUCCGCAUCGGAAUAGUAGUACCUGGGGAGGACAGGCAGACACAGUACGAUGCGGCCCGUCCCUGCCUCUCUGUCCACUCACGGACAGUGUGGAGUAUGUUGGCGGCAGAGAUGCCAUGUAUGCCGCGUAUAAGGACUGCUGCCCCUUGGCCCGCUCGCGAAGCAGAUGCAGCACCAGCACAUCCACCGCACACAGCUCUGCCCUCUCGACGUACAGCGGCCGCACAAUCGACUCGCCAAUGUCACCUGGCAGACAGACACAGACAGACAGACAGAGAAGCAAACAAUCACAGUAUGUUCUGCUGAUCUUUCCCUCUCUCUCUCUGUUUCUUUCGCUUCUCCUCACUUUUGAGUGCAGAUCUGGUGUUCAUCAGCAGAUCCCCGGGGAUGCCAAGCAUCCUUUCGCCCUUUCGCACUUGUCGACUGCUGCACAGGCCUCGUCCGGUGAGCGGGAACGAUUCCACCGCCAGAUCAUGUGUCACGCCAUGCGCUUGGAGCCAUUCCUGCAGCGCAUUGAGCGUAGGACUCAUACCAGCUUUGCGGGCUUGAACCUGAUCGCUUCAUCGACUAGAACUCAUUCCCAGGCUGCAUACGACAGGUGAGCGCAUGCACUGUGGUGU